GAGUCGCCGUCCGGUGUUCUCCGGCGACUCGCCCCCGUGCAGGAAGCUCGCAGGCUCUCUGCGGCGGAGAGCAGCAGGAACGGGAUGAGGGCUGUGGUGCAGCGCGUCCUCUCUGCCAGCGUCGAGGUGGAAGGCCGUGUGGUGUCGGCGAUCGGCCCGGGCGUCCUCGUCCUCGUCGGCGUCCACGAGGCUGACACCGACUCUGACGCCGAUUACAUCUGCCGGAAGGUCCUGAAUAUGAGGCUGUUUCCUAACGAGAAGACUGAAAAAUCAUGGGAUCAGAGCGUUGUGCAGCGCAACUUCGAAGUUUUAUUAGUGAGUCAAUUUACCUUAUAUGGAAUCCUGAAGGGUAACAAGCCAGAUUUCCAUGUGGCUAUGCCACCUGCAAAAGCAAAACCAUUCUACGCUUCUUUGGUUGAGAAGUUCCAGAAGUCUUACAAAACUGAUUUGGUCAAAGAUGGCAUUUUUGGAGCAAUGAUGAAGGUUUCUUUAGUAAAUGAUGGCCCUGUAACAAUGCAAGUUGAUUCACCAUCAUUGCAGACCUCUGCCCAGUCAAGCAAUGGUGGUGCUGGCGUGUGUUAGAGAUGGUGAAGUAUGUGUGGCUUUUCCUACAGUCCAGCUUUCUCCUUCACCUGAGUUGGUUCUGAAGAACAUUCAAAUUAUAUUGCUUCAGUGCAGAAUUUCGAGUUGCUUUUUGAGUAUGGAGCAGAAGCAAAUCUCUUCAUGUCCUGUUCCUAUUAGAAGUUCCAAAUAUGACUUGUUUCUCCAUCACAUUUGAGCAACUUCAAAAUAUUGGAUACAGUCAUUGUAAUAUGAAUCAAUACCGAGCAUGUCACUCAUUCCCAAUGACUCAAUGUGGCUUGUUUUACCAUUA